AUGGCCCACUGGCAACAGCCGACCCCUUCGAUGGAUGCUGACACUGGCACUUCGCCUUUCACCUCGACAUCAUCCAGAGGCGAUAUUCCAGAGACUCCAGCCAGCUCGCUGACGAAUGACACACCACAACCAGAGCACGGCGACACGGAACCAGGAGCCAGCCUUCCCAUGUCUUCCUCCACCAUGGCGUUCAUUGUUCGACUCAUGGAGAGCAACGAAUUCCACACCAGACGUACCGAGAAGCUAAUGGAGAACCAGGAGAGAUACAUUCGAGAACUUAACGCGAAGGAGGCCACGAUCGCCAGCCUGAAGUCGGCCCUGGAGCACCAGAAGACUGUGUGUGCUGAGCAAGAAAAGGAGCUUGAGCAGAGACAACCAGUACAAGAGGGAUUGAGGGAUGUUGAGUAUGAGAACGAUCUGUGUGCUCGGUUUGGGGGAAGGUUGGAGCAGCAAGUGCACUCUGAAGUUCAAAUGACGGAUCAAGACGAGAUGAAAGCGGACGAGGAGUCAGAAGACAACGACUCCUUGUUUGUGAGAGAGCACGAACAACCAUCGAACUCCACAGCAGACCCCUUCGCCAUCAUAAUCCACUGCCAGAACGAGCAGCAGCUCCCACCAACGAAGAAACGCAAGCUGGGAUCAUCCACAACCGGACUAUCCGACCUGCAAACGACCAUCACAGCCUACUUCCCCUCCUACAUCUUCAAACCCUUCACCGACAAGCGCAACAACGGCCUCCCAGAAUACGGCCACCUCGCCAACCUCGCCCCAGCAGUCCUCCACUCCCUGCACUCCUCCCUCACGAAAUACCACGCCCGCCGCCAAAGCCUAGGCUCCACCAAGCGCUCCUUCGUCCCGCCCUCCCCCGCCAAAUCCUGCGGCCACCUCUGGAUGACGGGCUGCACGAGCUCGCGCGCCUGGACGACCGACUCGCCCCAGUUGUACACCUGCAAGACGUGCUUCAAUGCCCAGCGGGCGUGCUUCCUCUGGGCGGGGGGCGCGUGGGUUGUGCUGCCGUUGCCGCCGCGGGUGAGGGAUCCGGAGGCGACGUACGAGGACGCGGGGUUCUAUGUUAAUGUGGUGGGCUACCGGCACACGAGGGAUUUCCCGGGGGUGUGGGAGGAGGGGGUCAAGCAGGUGAAGGCGAAGGAGAGGAGGUUGGCGGAGAUGGAGGAUGCUGGUGAUGGCGAUGACAGUGAGGGUGGGGUGGACGAGAUUCAGAGCUGGGAGGUUUGA